AUGCCCGGGCGCCGGCGCCUUCCAGCGGGGUCGCGAUCCGACCUCCCGCCACUGAAAAUCAUCCGCAAGAUCCUCUUGCUCCAGGUUGCCUAUUAUGUCUGCGCAACGGUGCUUAUCCUGUUUACGACCGUUGUCUAUGGCACGCCUUUCUCGCUGAAUCUUGUAUUCGGUUGGGACUAUUUGAGGGGUGACACUACGGUUGGUUGGAUGUUGGGAUUGGUUUGGAUGUUGAAUUGUGUUAUCAGUGUGAUCUUCCUCCUCCUUUUCGUCUCCCGAUCCAAGUUGGUCCCCGAUUUCGCCCUCACAAUUCACUUCCUCCACCUUGUCGCCACCAUCCUCUACACGCGCUCCGUCCCUUCAAACCUCCUCUGGUGGGGCCUCCAAUUCGCCAGCGCUGGCAUAAUGACCUUCCUCGGUAUGUGGGCAUGCCAGCACCGCGAACUCAAGCCCAUCAGCUUCGGUGGACUCGCGAGCCUCGGAGGUAGCUCCAGCCAAGCCUCCUCCUCACAACAACCCGCCGGUGAUAACCACCUCGAGUCUGGAUUUGGUCGGGGUCGUGGCCGAGAACGUAGUCUUCAGGCUGGAACGGGCGAGUACGAGAUGGACGAGAUGAAGUCCGGCGAGCGUACUGUAUGA